AUGGGAUCUCUGGUCUGGGACGACGAGAACCGCUGGGUGGGCAAGCAGCCCUGGUGGAAGGACGCAACCUUUUACCAAGUCUACCCCGCCAGCUUCAAGGACUCGGACGGCGACGGCUGGGGCGAUCUGCCCGGGCUCAUCGCCGAGGUCGACUACCUCCAUGAACUCGGCGUCGACGUCGUCUGGGUCUCCCCCAUCUUCGACAGCCCCCAGGCCGACAUGGGCUACGACGUCUCCGACUACCAGAAGAUCUACGCCCCGUACGGCACGGUCGAGGACGUCGACACCCUACUCGACGAGUGCCACCGCCGCGGCAUGAAAGUCAUCCUCGACCUCGUCGUCAACCACACCUCUGUUGAACACGACUGGUUCAAGCAGUCCCGCUCGUCCAAGGACAAUCCCAAACGCGACUGGUACAUCUGGAAGCCCGCGCGCUACGACGAGAACGGCACACGCCACCCGCCGACAAACUGGCGCGGAUACUUCGCGGGCCCGACGUGGACGUGGGACGAGCGCUCGCAAGAAUACUACCUGCACCUCUACGCCCCCGACCAGCCUGAUCUGAAUUGGGAAAACGAUGCUUGCCGUGAGGCUAUUUACGAGGACACGAUGCGUUUCUGGCUGGAGCGUGGCGUUGACGGCUUCCGUAUCGACACCGUCAACAAAUACUCCAAGCGAACCGACUACGUCGACGCACCCAUCACCGACCCCACGUCCCCGCACCAGCCCGCGCCCGAGAUGUGGUGCAACGGCCCGCGCAUCCACGACUUCAUCCGCGAAAUGAACCGCAAGGCCCUGGCGCCGUACAACGCCGUCUCCGUCGGCGAGCUGUCCCUGACGCCGCACCCGUCGCAGGUGAUACCCUACGUCUCGGCCGCCGCCAAGGAGCUGGACAUGGUGUUUGAGUUCUCCGUCAUCCGCCUCGGCAACGGCAACGGAUUCGGCGCAAAGUACAUCUACCAGCCCUUCCCGCUGUCGACGCUGAAGAAGUACACCGAGACGUGGCAGUCCUUCAUCGAGGGCACCGACGCGUGGGCCACAGCCUUUUGCGAGAACCACGACAACGGCCGUGCCGUGUCGCGUUUCGGGGACGAUUCCACGCCGGAGCUGUGGCGGGCGUCGGCCAAAACUAUUGCGCUGUGGCAGGCGACGAUGUCUGGCACGCUGUUCCUGUACCAGGGGCAGGAAAUUGGCAUGACGAAUAUGCCGGCGAGCUGGGGCAUCGAGGAGUACAAGGACAUUGAGAGCGGGAACUUUUACUCGGAGGCCGUCGAGUCUGGCGACCAAGAGCGGAUUGAAAAGACGAUGCAUGGGUUGCGGAUCCUGGCGAGGGACCACUCGAGGAUACCGUUCCAGUGGGACGAAAGCCCGAAUGCAGGGUUCACAAGAGAGGGCGCGAAGCCAUGGAUGCGGGUGCAUGAUGAUUACAAGGCCAUCAACGCCGCCAAACAACGGGGCGACCCGUACUCGAUCCUGGAGUUUUACAAGAAGGUGCUGAGACUGAGGAAACGAUACCGCGAUGUCUUUGUCCACGGCGCGCAUCGGCUGAUUGACCCAGAGAAUGAGCGGACGUGGACCAUCCUGAAAGAGAGCCUGGCACCCGUGAGCGGGAAUGAGGGGGUUAGGAGGCGAGCGCUAGUUGUGAUGAACUUUUCUCAAGGCGAGGAGAAGGCGAGUAAUGUGCCGGCGUUGCUUGGGUGCGAGGCGGGCGAGGUGAGGUUACUGGUAGGCACGCAAGAUGGCGGAGAGCUGAUUAAGGGAGUUGCCCCUUCGCUCAGAGGCUGGGAGGCGAGAGUGUACACCAACUUUGAGGUUUAG